AUGAAAGUCACUCAACCAAUUAAAAUCAAGCGGAUCUGCGUCUACUUUCGAGGGCUUGUUAAACUAGAGCUAUCGGAGGUGGCGCUUGUGGGGAAUAGGGAUCUGAUCACGUCCGGUAUCACCUACUUCGACCGCGGGCAGACAACACAAUUAGGCAAUGUCUACGGCGCGGAUAUCUGUCACAUACUGGACCGAUCUGGCACAGAUGCAGAAAGUGGCCAACACAUCAGAAACACUGUCAGAAACACUGCCGAAACGUCCUGGGGAGACCCAUCCCUUCCUCCUAAGUAUAAUAUUGGCGGCUUACAGCAGCCUGGACUCUUGGGGGCCGUCACCAAGAGCGCUCUAUUUCCCGCUGGUGAUUAUCUGUACAACUUCGAAUUCCUCCUGCAUAAUUCCCUCCCGGAGACCAUUACUACCGAGCUGAUAUCUACGCGAUACUACCUGGAAGCCCUGAUUGAACCGUCUGGACCAUUUUCCUCAAAGGCAGUUUGCCAGGUUGAUGUCCCGGUCAUUCGACUGCCGGCAGAAAACUCACUGGAGCUGGUUGAGCCGAUCAUCUUCUCUCGGAAAUGGCGCGAGCAGCUUGCCUACGAUGUUUGCAUUUUCGGGAAGUGUUUUCGUCUUGGCUCACGGAUACCAAUGAGGGUGAGAUUAACUCCCCUGGCCAACGUAAAGUGCCGGCGGAUCAGAGUAUACGUGUCUCAGCACGUACAGCAUCGUACAAAGGGCCCAACAGGUCGCUUUCUCCAGCUGCCCGCGAAAAAGGUUCUUCUGUUCGAAAAGCAGCCUGGCCUUGCAAGUUACAGCUCCUACCCAGGCAGCACCAUGCAAAUUAUGACAGACGGGGGUAGAAUAAAAACCCCCGGAGUCCAAAGCAUGAAUCUGCUAGGGGACGAAUUGGAGACCUCUGAGAUCAACUUAGAGAUUGUUCUGUGUCUUUCGAUAAACGACCAAGACGGUAUGGGUCCAAACAAGCCUCGAACUGUAGAGUUGACCAUCGAGUCGCCUUUCACUAUUCUGUCCUGCAAGGCUACCCCGGCAAAUAUCUAUGUUCCGCCAUAUGCGCUGGAAAGUGAUAGGGGAGUAAUUCCGUCUUACGACGGCCAAUGUGGGUGUGGUGACAGUCCCCGGUCAAUAUCGCUAGCCUCCAGGCACGAAGCAGAGGCACCUCAAACCGAAGCGAGGGACAAUUUGACGUCCUCUAAAGGACAACUGUCUGGAGAUAUUACGCAGCAACUCAGCUUCUACAGUAUCUCUGGCGACAUUAAGCAACCCGCUCGAGCCCAUUUACCUGAUUGGGGCCUUCCCUCCGACGAACUUCACCAGCGACCUGAUCCAUAUCGAAGCAGGCACUGGUUUGGUGGAUAA